AAUAACAAAAUGGAUUUGGCAGACGUACUCACCACCAUUCCCUUGCCCGCCACAAUCGUCCUAGCUUUAGCAUCCCUCGCCUUCCUCUGCUUCUUCGUAAUAACCACCACCAAGUCCAAUAAAGAUGGAGCAUCGCCGCCGCCGCCGCCGCCACAGGCCAGCGGCUCAUGGCCCAUCAUCGGCCACCUCCACCUCCUCGGUGGGCCGCGCCCGCCACACCGCGUAUUGGGCCAGAUGGCCGACCAGCAUGGCCCAAUCUUCACGAUCCGGAUGGGAGUCCACCCGGCCCUGGUGGUCAGCAGCUGGGAGAUCGCCAAGGAGUGUCUGACCACCCACGACCGGAUUUUUGCUGACCGGCCGGCCACCCUGGCCAUGGACAUUCUCGGCUACCACCGGUCCAUGUUCGGGUUUAGCCCGUACGGUUCGUUCUGGCGCGAGACUCGGAAGAUGGCCACGCUGGAGCUCCUCUCCUCGCACCGCCUCGAUUUGCUCCAACACGUGCGGGAGAAAGAGGUGCAGACCGCCACCAAAGAGCUGUACGCCUAUUGGCAAGCCGCCAACAAGGAGCAAGGACAGUCGCAUAGUGAAAACUUGAAAUUAGAGGGGAGAAACGGCGGCGUCUCGGUGGAGAUGAGUAGUUGGUUUGGGGAGAUAUCGUUGAACGUUAUCUUGAGGAUGAUAGCUGGGAAAUCCGUCGGGUACUUGACGGGCGGAGCGGACAGCGUGAAGCUGAGCAAAUUGUUGAAGGAAUUCUUUGAACUGACGGGAAGGUUCGUGGUGGCCGACGGGCUGCCGUACCUGCGGUGGUUGGACGUCGGAGGGUUCGAAAAGGCGAUGAGGAAGACGGCGGGGGAGAUGGAUGUCGUGGUGGAAGGGUGGCUGAGGGAGCACAAGGCCAAAAGAGAUUCCGGCGAGGCCGCGGAGACGGAGAAGGAUUUCAUGGACGUGAUUCUUGAUGCCGUCGGCGACCGGCAGGAUAUCGACGGUCGAGAUUCCGCCACCUUUAACAAAGCUACGUCUCUUUGAUCAGGUCUCUCUCGUACUCAAGGUUGUUAAACCCCUAUCGAACCCCCCGGUUGGACCCGGUUCAACCCGAGUCGGGCUUCAAAACAGCCUCCAGAAAACCCCCCGGUCUGACCCCUAAACAGGGAGAAGAAGAGAGGCAGAAGAGAGGAAAAGGAACGAAGGAAGGGAAUGGUAGGUGGAUCAUGGAGGUUAGGUAGAUUUAUUUUGUUGAAAAUAAGUUUUUAAUAGAUAUAUGUAAGAUAAAUUUUAUUUCACUCA